CUGGACUGGGUGUUGUUAGUUAUACAAGUUGCCUUCCCCACUUAAUGUAAAUCGACGAGGAAGCGGCACACGGAGACGGACACACGGAGGAUGACACCGAGGUGACGCUCCAGUCAGCUGAUUGACUCACAUGACAGCCUUUUCCAGUUUCAGGAUCGGGAACAGAUACUGCCAGAUGCGGUCAAAAUGCUCAGAAACAUUUCGCUUUAGUCGUCAGAAAAGAGAAAAGUGCUUCACCUUGUAGUUAACUCGCUAACUUGACGGAGGCACGGAUGGCUGCGGGUGUCGGCUGCUCCCCACCGAGCUACCUGUGAUGCGAACCGGGGCGGUGAGUCUGCACAAACCGGAGCAGCUACGGGGUUAGCUUGAGGGGGAAAAAAACACAAAAAACAACAAAGCUUCAACGUAGCUGAUGUGCUUCUGACUCCGGUACAAGUUUGCAUUCAUUUCCUUGGAGGGGUUCAGUGUGACGCUGCCAAAAUGAGUCCGGAGGGGAAGGCGCUCCUCAACAUUGUCAUUCUAGGCUUCGGCUUUAUGUUCAUGUUCACUGCUUUUCAAACGUGCGGCAACAUCGAGCAAACCGUUAUCAAGAACUUCAACAGCUCUGAGUUCCAUGGCAGCGGAUACACAAGCAUGUCCAUCAUCUAUGGAGUUUUCUCUGCGUCCAACCUGAUCGCCCCCUCAGUGGUGGCUGUGAUUGGACCUCAGCUGUCCAUGUUCUUCAGUGGACUUCUGUACAGUGGGUACAUUGCUAUGUUCAUCUACCCGUACACAUGGAGCUUCUACACGGCCUCUGUGUUGGUUGGAAUCGGAGCAGCAGUCCUGUGGACGGCUCAGGGAAACGUGCUCGCUAUCAACUCCACCGACUCCACCAUUGGUAGAAACAGUGGAAUAUUUUGGGCCCUGCUGCAGUUUAGCUUAUUCUUUGGAAACCUGUACAUAUAUUUUGCCUGGCAUGGACACGUUCAUAUAACAGACGAGGACCGCCAGACGGUGUUCAUCUCUCUCACGGUCAUCAGCCUGGUCGGGUGCUUCCUUUUCUUCCUGAUCCGGAAGCCCGAGCCUGAAGCGGCGCCCUCGGAGACAUCAGAGCCGCUGCUGCCGACCGAAAUCUCCGAGAGUAACUCCACGACGGGGCCGUCUAGCGUGGGCCUCUGCUCCCAAGCUGUGGACGCUUUUGUCAAAGCGUGUAAACUGUUGGUCACCAAAGAGAUGCUGCUGCUGAGUAUCUCCAUAGCGUACACCGGUUUGGAGCUGACCUUUUACAGCGGGGUGUACGGGACGUGUAUCGGAGCCAUGACGCGGUUCGGGCAGGACGCCAAGAGCUUGAUUGGCGUCUCGGGCAUUUUUAUUGGCAUGGGGGAGAUCUUAGGAGGGGGCUUAUUCGGGAUGCUGAACAAGUGCAACCGCUUUGGGAGGAACCCCGUGGUGCUGCUGGGCCUCAUCACGCACUUCGUCGCCUUCUACCUGAUUUUCCUCAACAUUGCCAGCGAUGCUCCUCUGGCCCCAGAGGCAGGGACAGAUCUGCAGGCUUACAUCAACCCCAGCGUCGGCGUGGCGUUGCUGUGCAGCUUCCUGCUGGGUCUGGGCGACAGCUGCUUCAACACUCAGCUGCUCAGCAUCAUCGGCUUCAUGUUCCGCGACAACAGCGCCCCGGCCUUCGCUGUCUUCAAGUUCAUUCAGUCCAUCAUGGCCGCCCUGGCCUUCCUCUACAGCAACUUCCUGCCGCUGCACUGGCAGCUGCUCAUCCUGGUGCUGGUCGGCUUCCUGGGCUCGCUGUCCUUCUUCGUGUCGGAGUGGCUGGCCGAGUCCAGCAGGCUGGACUCCGACUACGACAGCAUCUGAUCUCGCUGGAAAACCCGUGUGGGUGGACGCCUUGGUGUACAGAACUCCGCCUGCUGUCUCUCGGUUGGACCAGACUGACGCUGUAAUUCCUCCGUCUGGGCUGGACGGAGCCGGGCGGCGGCUGCAGGACUAAAUAUUUAUUUCAAAGCCAGGAUUCACCUCGUCACAGGCACGGGACGGGACGGGACGGCGUACGCACAAGACUCCCUCAUUCCUGUGUGCGUGCAUUUUCAAAAUCCCUGUGAAUACAUCAGCUAACACUAAUAAACAUUAGUACACUUAGUUGAAUCAGACAUGAACAAAUCAUAAUGGAUAGAGAUUGAUCCUGCAGCCCUGUUGUUAAGUAAAAAUGUUGCCUGCUAGACUUUGAAUUUGUCACGGUCGACUUAAACAUCUCUCUGCACGCCACAGCACAGAGAAGAAGUUGCUCGGGUGCCACAUAUCGACUUCUCCCUGCGAGUUUUUGCAGCUCACACGCAUGUUUCACAUCUCAGGCUCACAAAUGGCAUGUGGUGUGCAGAAAUCAAGACGAUGAAUUUUUUUUCCUCCCCUAGCAGGACAACUACUCCCAGGCUCUUCUAGUCUAUUUUGUUUUUAAAUAUUUUUUGAAGUGCAAUGGACACUGUAAUUCUGCGUCGUUCACUCUACACGGAUCAGUUAUUUAUAUUUCUGCACGGGACGAUCUCCGCUGUUCGCUCUCCUCGUUCCUUUUGUCGCUCACGGUUCACAGUUCUGCUGGUAUCACGAGGCUGUCACCGGUUCGCAAUAAAGGCUGUGAUUCCUGCCCUCGCUGUCGGUCCGAGCGAGUCACUUCAGCAGCGGGAUCUCGUUUUGUUCCACUCGAGGACUCGCUGAAGCCGCCGCUGCAUCAAACGGGAGCAAAGCGUAAAGGGAAACACCGGGAGAUCAAACUUCCUAUGCAUCUUUUUUUUUUGUUGUUUUGUUUUUGUUUACGCCGUCAAAUGUCAUUUUCUCCUUUGUCGUUCCUCUCCUGAACAUGUUUUUCUUCUCUUUUGUAUGUGUGUGUUAUUCAUUUACUCAUCCACUUUGAGUGCUGUGUAAUUGGUUUAGUGGUAAUAAGAUCCAAGAGGCCAGUGACUAACUCCUCGUCUUGAGGCCAACCUGGGACUCCUCCUCCUCGUUCCAGGAACCUUUUCACGAUUUAAAGUCGGGCCUCGAAUAAUUAUCCGAGGCUGUUUUUGAUCGUGCCAAAGAAAGAAAGAAAGGAAGAAAGGAGUCCUCUUUUUUUUUUUUUUUUCUUGCAACUUUUACCUCUUUAGCCCUCGCCAUCUCCAAGGAACAAACAUCAAGGUGCAACGAAAAGGGUGCAGGGGGAGCAAUUUAAUGUUAUUUUCACUUUGCUAGGAAAUGAGUUGACACUUUUUUAAUGCCAAGGGUGGUUUCAGAUAAUUCUCACUAAUUCACAACAAGUUGGCACCAAAUCAGCAAACAGUUAAAUACAGGCCUUAUGUGUUUUUGUGUUUGUCUCUCAGACCAUCAUGUGACAGUGGGAUAGGACAGCUGAGAACUGGAUCUUAAAUGCUGUGUUUUUUUUUUUUUUCGUUGAAAGUGUCAAUUUAUGAAUUGCGCUCUAAUGUCAUGUAAAUCGGAAUGAAGGUUUCGGGGGUUUGCUUUAGGUUUAUUCACGUUUAGUCCAUGUUGAAUGCGUUCUGUCUCUGGGAUAUUAAGGGAACUAACUGCCUAUGUGCUGUACCAUGAAGGUGAUUUUAUACUUGAAUGUAGAAUGACACCCGAAUUUUCAUGCUUGCUUGUUUUUAUUAUCAAUAAAAUGUUGUUUUGA